UUACUCUUGGGAGUAUACUGUAUAGUAGGAGUAUAUACUUUAUUUAAAGUAAGAGUAUAUUCAAAAGAAAAAGAGAAAUAAUUUUUGUGUCUUAGAUUGAUUGAAAAAGCGAUCAAAGCUUGAAACACUCAAGUAAGGAAUAGCAGCAACUUGAAAUCUUGGGUUUUCUUUUCUGCUUCAGAUUUCACCGAAAUUUCUUUGUUAAUGACAGAUAUUAACAAAUACUUGAAUAGCAUAAGUCAAACUGUUAGCAGAUAAUCGAGGGCUUUCCCUUUCACCUAGUAAUAGAGGUCCUUACAAACAUGGCUAUGGUUGCGACUGCGGAAGUCUGUGAUGCAAACUCACAGCUAAUUCAAAGUGGUGAACUGCGGGCCCUACAACCAAUCUUUCAGGUAUAUGGGCGGCGCCAGGUCUUCAGCGGACCGGUCGUCACCCUCAAGGUAUUCGAGGACAAUGUGUUGAUUCGUGAGUUUCUCGAGGAAAGAGGCAAUGGAAGAGUUCUUGUUGUGGACGGUGGAGGGAGCUUGCGAUGUGCGAUCUUAGGAGGCAAUCCGGUGCAGCAGGCUCAGAACAACGGAUGGUCAGGGAUAGUUGUGAACGGGUGCAUUAGGGAUGUCGAUGAGAUCAACGGCUGUGAUAUAGGGGUCAGAGCUUUGGCUUCUCAUCCAAUGAAAGCCAACAAGAAAGGUGUAGGGGAGAAGCAUGUGCCAAUUACGAUAGCGGGCACACGAAUUUGUGACGGUGAAUGGCUAUAUGCUGAUACUGACGGGAUUCUUGUGUCGCGAUCUGAGCUUUCGGUUUGAUCAUAUGAUGUGAGCAGUUUCAUUAUCAUCGAGUCAUUUGAAACAUGUUUAUUUCUUGAUCAUUCUUUUAUGUUUUCAAUCUAUAUACAAGCCUAUAAUCUAGCAUUUUCAGGAGUUUGUAAUAAUGAAGUGUUUUGUGUAUCCUGGUAUAUGCAACUAAUACAAAACCUGGUAGGCUUGUAGUUGUUUGUUGCUAAUAAAUUCCUUGCAUAUUUUCAUACUUUAGUUGUGAAAAUUUUCUUUUGGAAUAUCCCAUUAAGCUU